GGUGCAGUCAGGGGGCACAGUAAGGGAUGGAGGGACAGGAACAUGUGUCCCCCCCAUCAGUGCCAGGCAGAGUUCACCUGGUACCUGAGCACGGUGGGAUGGGAUGACCCCCUGGGGGGGUUGAGGUGCCCCGUCUGCACCCUGGUGGGUUUAUCUUGUCUCUCGCAUCCCCGCACCGAUCCUGGGGACCCCUGGGGGAGCUGAGCAGCCGGGUGCAGACGAGCACCCCUGUGCAGAGCCAGGUUUGCCCUCUGUGCCAUGUGCCGCAGCACCGUGCGCGGGGUUGUUUUCUGAACCCAGAUGAGCGGCUGAGUCAUGGCUAAUUGCCGUGGACCAGGAACGUGCCAGGAGGGGAACGAGGCGCCGUGCAGGGCUGAUGGCACCUGCGCGCUCAGGUCAGCCCGGGUGGCUGAGCUGCUGGGAGUGGGGAUGGGGUAUUAAGGGCCCCCCUGCCCUGGGGCCCGGGUCCCCCUGGGUCCCCCUGGGUCCCCCAGCCCCUGUGCCAGCCUGGCCCCACACAUCCUUCCGGGAGUCACCAGGGCUUCUCCCUGCCGGAGGUGCUGGCUGCAGCGUGGCCACGGCACCGCGCAACCGCCCAGUGACUCAGGGGGAGGGCACUUCCUGCAGGGUGACAGGGUGUCCCUGCCACCCCCCAGUGCCACGGGGCACCCCGUGAGCUGUGAGCAGCACCAGCACCCAGUGAAUGUCCCUGGGGGUCCCCAGCUGAGGAACAGCCCACUGGGGAUAGCGCCAGGGUCUCCUUGGGGUGUAGAGCUCUGGUGCACCCUCAGGCACCCCACAAGCUCCCGGCACACCGAGGGUGCCCAAGGCCUCCCCUCCCGUGGGAUUUAGCUCCGAGGAUUUCCCGGUGCUGGCACAUCCGUUCUCUGCACCUUCAUCUCCUGGCUGCGGACCAGGGCAGCUCCUGGCACGUGGCACCCAGGACAGUGCCGGCACCCCCAAAACCUUUCCCUCUGUGGGGCUGUGAGCACCCAUGGAGACCCCAGCACUGCCAGGCUGGUCUGGCCCCUGCGCCGUGACCCAGAUCUGCUGGGUGACUCUGCCCUGGCACCGCAGUGCUGGGCACAGCACGUCGCUGCAGCCCCUGCGGCACCGGGAUCGCGGCCAGGCUCAGCCGUGGCUGCCAGGCACGUGCCACACCGGGCAAACACCGCAGGCAGAGCAUCGCCUGGUGGCACUGAGGACAGGCAGGGACUGGGGAGGGGGCUGGGUCAGUUGGGUAGGGGUCUGGCUGCGCCGCUGCUGUGCAAUGUAUUGGCAUCCCCGGUGGAGGGGGGGCUGUGGUGCUGGUGCCACACUCUGCGUGAGUGUCCCCAGUGCAGAAGACAGUGACGUGCUCAGGUGUGCUCAUCCUGUGCUGGGUGACAAGGGUUGUCCAGGUGUCCCCAGGGGACAGUGACAUGCAUGGUGCUAGUGCUGUGCCUGGAUCUCCCCAGUGCGGGGGACAGUGCCAUUCUCAGGUGUUCCCAGUGCAGGGACCACGCUGCGCUGGGUGACAGGGGUGCCCGGGUGUCCCCGGUACAGGGGACAGUGCCAGGCAAGGUGACAGGGGUGCCAGUGCUAUGCCAAGAUGUUCCUGGUGCAGGGGACUGUGCCAUGCUCAAGGGUUCCCCCGGCUGUGCUGGGUGACAGGUGUCCACAGUGCAAGUGACCGUGCCACACUUGGGUGCUCCCAGCGCAGGGACCAUGUGCUGGGUGACAGGGGUACCCGGGUGUCCUUGCUGCAGAGGACAGUGCCAUGCAGGGUGACACGGAUGCCUGUGCUGUGCGCGGGGCGUCCCCGCUGCAGGGGCCGGUCCCGGUGCCGGUCCGGCUGCCGGUGCCGGUCCCCGCGGGCUGGGAGGCGGCCCCGGUGCAGGGGUCCCCGUUGUGCCCGGGCUCCCCGGCGGCGGAAAGUGUGUCACUGGGGCACGAGGCUCUCCCCGGGAAUCACAUGGGGGAGGCGGCGGCGCCGCGUGCGGCCCAGUGCGCAGCCGCGGCCGGUGCCGGGCGGGCGGCGGGGCGGGCGGCGGGCGCACAACAGCCCUUGCCGGGCGGCGGAACGCACGGCUCGGCGCGGCUCCCUUCGCCUCGGCCCCGUUUAGCGCGCUUCUGGCAGCGGGAGGCUCGGCGGCUCCGGGACAGCCGCUCCCCGCCCUCCUCCCCGAGAAUGGCCGCCCCCGAAGCCGGUAGCACAGGCGGCGUGAUCAGCUACGUGGGCUCCAGUGGCUCCUCUCCCAACCGCACCAGCCCCGUCUCGCUCUGCAGCGACAGCUCCAACAGCAGCUCCCAAUCGGGCUCGCAGCCCUUCCCCACCUACUUUCCACCGUCGCCCACCGGCUCCCUCCAGGACUCCCGCGCCUACGGCGGGGGCUCGCUGGCCCCCCGUGAGGACGGCUCCCCUUCAUCCUCCUCCUCCUCUUCCUCCUCCUCGCUGUAUGGCUCCUCGGUGAACUACCCCGGGGUGCAGCAGGUCCCCGUGGACGAGCGGCGCCGCAGCUCGCCCAGCAAAGCCGGCAGCACCGUCACCAAGCUGAACGGGAUGGUGCUGCUUUGCAAGGUCUGCGGGGAUGUCGCCUCCGGCUUCCACUACGGCGUCCACGCCUGCGAGGGCUGCAAGGGCUUCUUCCGCCGCAGCAUCCAGCAGAACAUUCAGUACAAGAAGUGCCUCAAGAACGAGAACUGCUCCAUCGUCCGCAUCAACCGCAACCGCUGCCAGCAGUGCCGCUUCAAGAAGUGCCUGCUGGUCGGCAUGUCCCGUGACGCUGUGCGCUUCGGGCGCAUCCCCAAGCGGGAGAAGCAGCGGAUGCUGGCGGAGAUGCAGAACGCCAUGAGCGGAAUGGGCAGCGUCCUGCCGGGGAUGCCCGGCCCUGCCGAGGGCCCAGCACUGAGUGGGGGCCGCACGCUGCCCCCCGGCCCCUCGCCGUCGCCCCCCCCCGCCUGCUUCUCCCAGUUCCCCCAGCAGCUGACGCCCCCCCGCUCGCCCAGCCCCGGGGGGGCCACCGAGGACGUCAUUGCGCAGGUGGCCAAGGCGCACAAGGAGAUCUUCGUCUACGCGCACGACAAGCUGGGACCCCCCCCGCCCUGCGAGAACGGCCUCCCCCGCUGGGACGCACCCCCCGCCUGGGCCCCCGGGCUCCCCGAACCCCGGCUCUGCCCCCCCACGUACCCUGAGCCCCCGGCGCGGAGCUGCCCCUGGCCCCGCGGCACCAAGGACGUCCUGCCGGCCUGUCCCAUGAACAGCCACCCGCCCGGCCGCAGCGGGCGCUCGGUGCAGGAGAUCUGGGAGGAUUUCUCGCUCAGCUUCACGCCCGCCGUCCGCGAGGUGGUCGAGUUCGCCAAGCACAUUCCCGGCUUCCAGGCCCUUUCCCAGCACGACCAGGUCACCCUGCUCAAGGCUGGCACCUUUGAGGUGCUGAUGGUUCGCUUCGCCUCGCUCUUCGACGUGAAGGAGCAGACGGUGACGUUCAUGAGCCGGACGAAGUACAGCCUGGAGGAGCUGUGGGGCAUGGGCAUGGGCGACCUGCUCAGCUCCAUGUUCGAGUUCAGCGAGAAGCUCAGCGCCCUGGACCUCAGCGACGAGGAGCUGGGGCUCUUCACCGCCGUCGUCCUGGUCUCGGCAGACCGCUCGGGGAUGGAGGACACGGCGUCGGUGGAGCAGCUGCAGGAGACGCUGAUCCGCGCCCUGCGCGCCCUCGUGCUCAAGACGCACCCGGCGGAGACGUCGCGGUUCACCAAGCUGCUGCUGAAGCUGCCGGACCUGCGCACCCUCAACAACCUGCACUCCGAGAAGCUGCUCUCCUUCCGCAUCGACGCCCAGUAGUGCCCCCACGGACCCUGCAGACCCCCCCGCGCACCCACCACCCCUGUACAUAGCACCACGGGCUGGGGAGGGGGAACACACAAGCCCCCCGCGAGGGGCAGCACGAACCCCACGGCACCCAUCAGACUCACCCCAGGUGGGUGC